AUGUCUGAGCACACGGAAGAAUCUGAAGACAGUGAAGGACUACUGAAAGACGCUUUCGACGAAGAUACGCUUACACAGCUGAGCAGUCUGAUCGCUUCCGGUCGGGGCGUACGAAUGGAUGAAACACCGGCGUUCAACAUGCGACUUAUCGCUGAGGUGAAAUCUCGACGGUACCUUUACGAUCACACCGACGAAGGAUAUAAUCUCAUCCCGUGGCGGAAUAAUGCAUGGGUGGAAAUCGCAGAGACGCUAGAUUCCUCUCCAGAACACGUGAAGACACGAUGGAAAACCCUGCGGGACCGUUUCAAGAAAGAGGAGAAAAAAGAGAAAAUGACUGGAAAGCCGGCCACAUGGGUGUUCCAGAAGCCACUACGGUUUAUACAAACAGUGCCUAAAGAGCUGCGAACGUGA